AGUUGAGGAAGAUCCAGAGAACACGGCAUGAAAGGCACAAGGAGAAGGCAAAGAUAAAUAUCGAUGAGGUCAUAAAGGAGGGGUUGUUGGUUGUUAUGAACUCUCUCUCUCUCUGUAAUAUUCCCUCGUUCUUCCUGUGAUUCUGUGAUCCCCUUUCUGGCAGUCCUUUGUGACUGAGAUUACCAUUUCUGUCAUUCUCUUCCGUAUUGCACUGCUUGUUUUGCAGAAGCAACCUUAAAGUGAGUUUAUCUCACUCCAAAAGGAUCAAGCAAACUCACUCUCCAAGCAAAGAACAUAUAAAACGAUUCCAUAAGAAAACUAACCGUUUGAUUAUAGAAGCUGGUUUUUCAUAGGCAGGGGCCAUAAGAGGAAGAUUUCCUCUUUGAAUCGAUAACUAGAUAAAUGGAUGCACCAAAUGCACAUAUGAUGGAUACUCCUGAAGGGUCUAAUCACAUCCAAUUUAUACAGCGGAUUGAUUCAGCUAACUUUAGGAGACCUUCCCUCCAUCUUUUGGAGGACACAAGGGAGGCCAGAUUCAGCUACAUAAACUUAUGUGUGCCUCUAUACAAAUAUGCAUUGGAAGGCAAUUGGGAGAAAGCCAAGCCCAUGCUGUUAGAUCAUAACAGAAUGCUAAUGAAUGCUGCUAUAGCAAAAGGAUAUCCAACAGCACUUCAUGUAGCAGCAGGAGCUGGCCAUUUUCACUUUGUGAAGGGGCUUGUGAACUUGAUGGAUGAGAGUGACUUGGAUUUACAAGACUCUAGGGGAAACACUGCCUUCUGCUUUGCUGCAGCAGCUGGAAGCUUGGAUAUUGUUAAGUUAAUGUGGGAAAAGAACUCUUUCUUGCCAAAAAUUAGAGGUGGAAAUGGUUUCACCCCACUUCUUUUUGCUGCACAACAAGGAAGAGCUGACGUGGUAUGGUAUCUAUAUUCAAAGACUAUUGAUACCUUCGAUGAAGCAGAGUGGAAAAGGUUAUUCCUCACUUGCAUCGACACGGGUAUUUAUGAUUUAGCGUUGAAAAUGUUGAGAGAUAAGCCAGAACUUGCAUUAGCGACAAAUGAAGAAGGCUUGACAGGUUUGCAUAUCAUGGCUCAGAAGACAACAGAUUCAGCUCAUCAUAGUCUAGGACAUCGGAAUCAACUAAUAAGUUCAGGGAUGAAGAACGGUGUUGCUCUUCAACUUGUUCAUUCCCUUUGGCUAGGAAUUCUCAAUCUUGUAAACUCAGAGCAAGAUAUAAGAAAGAUCAUAAAUGAGCCAUCACGACUAUUAUUUGACGCUACAAAAGUUGGAAACUUCGAUUUCUUAGCCGAGCUUCUAAGAUCUUACCCUGAUUUGGUAUGGGAGUUGGACAGCCAAAAGCGAAGCAUAAUUCACAUUGCUGUUUCACAUCGUCAUCCUAACAUCUUCAAUCUUAUCCGUGAUAUAAGUGCAAAUAAGGAUAUCAUAUUGUCAUAUGUGGACAAGGAUGAUGGAAACAAUAUAUUACAUUUGGCUGCAAAGUUAGCACCAGCUGAUCGACUUGAAUUGGUCUCUGGGGCAGCUUUUCAAAUGAAGUUUGAACUAUUAUGGUUUGAGGAGGUAAGGAAGAUAGUGUUACCAUCAUAUGUGAAUAUGAAAAACUCAAAUGGUGAAACUCCUCAGGAGUUGUUCACCAAGGAGCACGCAUCAUUGAGAAAAAAUGCCGAGUCAUGGAUGAAGAGAACAGCCAACUAUUGUAUGGUUGUUUCAACUCUUAUUGCCACCGGAGUGUUUUCAGCUGCAUUUAGCAUACCAGGUGGCAUCAAUGAUAGCUCUGGAAUCCCAAAUUAUAUACAAAAACGAUCAUUUGUGAUAUUCGCAAUAUCAGAUGCUAUUGCAUUGAUCUCAUCUUCAGCCUCCACACUGGUCUUCUUGUCUAUCCUUAUCUCACGAUAUGCGGAAUAUGACUUUCACAAGUCUCUUCCCUCGAAGGUGAUAUUUGGAUUGGUAACACUCUUCAUAUCGAUAACAAGCAUGAUGAUAGCAUUCAGUAGUGCCUUCUUCGUGACAUAUGACUAUGGCACAAAGUGGGUUCCCAACUUCAUUUCUGUGAUUUCAUUUUUUCCAAUGGUCAUAUUUUUGUUUCUGCAAUUUCAACUUUUUUAUGAUAUUAUUUACUCAACAUAUUAUUUAAGGUCUUUAUUUCGACCAAGCAAGCAUAUGCUUUACUAA